CGGGGGGGUUUUAACAACGGUUUAAGGAAACCCGCAUAAUUUGAACCGUUCGAAUUGAAAAUUCAGUGAAUUUCAUAGAAAACUUUGGAGUUUUGAAGGCGUAGAAGCAGAAUUCAGUGAAUUUCAUAGAAAACUUUGGAGUUUUGAAGGCGUAGAAGCAGAAUGGAUCGAAUCGACACAGUGAAAGAGUUGCCUUUCCGGGUCGGGUUCACCGGUCACAGCGGCCAUAUUCGAAUCGAGCCGCUACCUCCUGUUCAACAGUCCAGCCCCAUUAACUCGCUACCGGAGUUUAUACUUCCACCUGCAUUUGCUAGGGAAACACCAGAAUCAAUCAAAACGCUUGUUGAGGAUAAAUAUCUCCUCCCAAGAUUGGAUCCUGAUGAAUUUUCUGCCGAAAACUCUGGAAGGCAGUGGGAGUUUGAGUGGUUUGAUCAAGCAAAAAUUCACUUAGAGCCAACAUUGCCACGCUCUGUUGUAGUACCUGCAUGGGAAUUACCAUUUAGACGGCCAGAGCGUGCAUCAGAGCUUGAGAAAUGGGAACCUGCAUCUGUGCAGGUUGAUGUGUCAGAACUCAUGGUAGAAGCGGAGAAUUCUAUUGGUGUGCGCAUUAGUGGACCUCCAAAGGAUUUUGUGAAGGGAAGCAUUAACAACCGUCCUUUUCGUCCAGGUGGUUUGGACGAUUCUCAAUCCAUGGGAAGGACUUUUCCUGAGGGUGCUUCAAAUGGUGAAUGGGUACGGGAAGUGCUGAAUGGUGCUCCUGCCCAAGUCAUCCCUCCUAGUUUUAAAGAAGGAAUGGAUCUCGGAGAGCUCAAGGGACAUCCAUGUUCUUGGAUUAUUCAUGAAGAUCAGAGUGUGCCCAAGACAACAUCUGAGAGUACUUUAUCUGUCCAGUUUGAUGACUUAUUUAAAAGAGCUUGGGAAGAGGAUGUUACGGAACUAGCCAUUGAUGGAGAAACAUCAGAGUUAGAAAUUGAAGUAAUCGAGGCCGGAUCUCCCAAGUCCAUUUCACCGGAAGUUGAAAACAAGUCAGAUCUUCCUGUUGGUGCACUUGACUCUGAAUCAUCUGUUAUAGAUCAGAUUUUGUCAACUGGAUCUGAAGGAUUGGGUAAAGGAUUGGAUGAUUCUGGUGAUGGUGGUCGACAACAACCAAAUGAGGCAAAGGAUGAUUCUAGUGAUGGAGGUCGACAACAACCAGAGGCAAAAGUCUGGGCUGUUACUGGAGGUAGUGAUGGGAUUGCAGACCAUUUUGAUGAACUUGUUCCUGACAUGGCAUUGGAUUUCCCUUUUGAACUAGAUGCAUUUCAAAAGGAGGCUAUAUAUUAUCUUGAGAAGGGGGAAUCGGUUUUUGUUGCAGCUCAUACAUCCGCAGGAAAGACUGUUGUUGCAGAGUAUGCCUUUGCACUAGCAUCAAAGCACUGCACGAGAGCAGUAUAUACUGCUCCCAUCAAAACAAUCAGCAACCAAAAGUACAGGGAUUUUUCUGGAAAGUUUGAUGUUGGUCUUCUCACUGGGGAUGUUAGCUUGAGGCCAGAGGCUUCCUGCCUCAUCAUGACAACUGAGAUAUUAAGAUCAAUGCUUUACAGGGGCGCUGAUAUCAUACGUGACAUUGAAUGGGUUAUAUUUGAUGAAGUGCAUUAUGUAAAUGAUGUUGAAAGAGGGGUUGUUUGGGAAGAGGUUAUCAUCAUGCUUCCAAGGCAUAUCAAUUUUGUUCUCCUCUCUGCCACGGUACCUAAUACAAUUGAAUUUGCCGAUUGGAUUGGCAGGACAAAGCAAAAGCAAAUCCGUGUAACUGGGACUACCAAGAGGCCAGUCCCGUUAGAGCACUGCCUUUUUUAUUCUGGAGAACUCUACAAAAUCUGUGAACUCGAGAAGUUUAUACCCCAGGGACUGAAAGCAGCUAAAGAUGUCUAUAAGAGAAAAAAUAUGGGCACCCCAGUUGGUGGUGGUUCUGGAACAUAUCCAUCACUUCCAGCAGCUCAUGCCAGUGUCCACUCUCAAAAACCCAACAGUUUUAUGAGGGGAAAACAAAACAGGCAAUCUGGUCCCCAGAACUUGGGGAACUUUGUUGGUGCUGGUCGGGGCAAUCAAAACUACAGUGGUGGAAACAACAAUUGGGGUUCAAGAAUAUCAGAAAAAUCUCUGUGGUUGUCACUCAUUAAUAAGCUGUCAAAGACAUCCCUUUUACCUGUGGUGAUAUUUUGCUUCUCGAAGAAUCGCUGUGACAAAUCAGCCGAUAAUCUGCGUGAAACUGACCUCACAAGUCGUUCUGAGAAGAGUGAAAUUCGCAUUUUCUGUGACAAAGCAUUUUCGCGGCUAAAGGGAUCUGACAGGAACCUACCACAGAUUGUCAGAGUCCAAGGUCUUCUUCACAGAGGGAUUGGUGUACAUCAUGCCGGCCUGCUCCCAAUAGUCAAGGAAGUAGUUGAAAUGCUUUUCUGUCGUGGCGUUAUUAAGAUUUUAUUUUCGACUGAGACAUUUGCAAUGGGGGUUAAUGCGCCAGCUAGAACGGUUGUUUUUGAUACCGUAAGGAAGUUUGAUGGAAAGGAAUUUAGACAGUUACUACCUGGAGAAUACACACAGAUGGCUGGCCGUGCUGGUAGGAGAGGGCUUGAUAAUAUUGGUACUGUUCUUGUGAUGUGUCGUGAUGAAAUCCCAGAAGAGAGUGAUUUGAAGCUUGUCAUAACUGGCAGUGCAACCAGGCUUGAAUCUCAGUUUCGGUUGACAUAUAUCAUGAUAUUGCAUCUCCUUCGUGUUGAAGAAUUGAAGGUGGAGGACAUGCUGAAAAGAAGUUUUGCUGAAUUUCAUGCUCAGAAAAAACUGCCAGAGCAACAGCAAUUGUUGAUGCGAAAGCUUUCUCAGCCUACAAAAGUUAUCGAGUGCAUAAAGGGUGAGCCAGCAAUUGAGGAUUACUAUGGAUGGUACUUGGAGGCUGAGAUGUACAGCAACCAGAUAACUGAGACUAUUAUGCAGUCUUCAGUUUGUCAGCCUUUUCUUAUGCCAGGAAGAGUGGUGGUUGUGAAAUCACAAUCUGGAGAGGACCACUUACUAGGAGUUAUCUUAAAGGCACCUUCCUCCUCCAAUAAUAAACAAUACAUCGUUAUGAUGCUUACACCAUCUUUACCAGCUACAUUACAAAGUUCCUCAAGUGGUGAUGCUUCACAAAAGAAAACAACUGCUGGUAUCCAGAUAUUAAUACCAAAAUCAAAACGUGGUAUGGAUGACGAUUAUUAUUCUUCUGCCACCGCACGCAAGGGAACAGGUGUUGUCAACAUUAAAAUGCCCCACCGUGGUAGUGCUGCUGGGGCUAAUUAUGAGGUCCGAGAAAUUGAUACUAAAGAAUUCUUAUCUAUAUGCAAUGCCAAGAUUAAGAUCGAUCAAGUUGGGCUUUUGGAAAAUGAUAGCAAUGCAGCUUAUUCCAAAACGGUACAAAAUCUUUUAGAUAAGAAAUCCAAUGGAAACAAGUACCCUCCAGCCCUCGAUCCACUUAAAGAUUUGAAGCUGAAAGACUUGAAUCUAGUGGAAGUUUACUACAGAUGGAAUAACCUAUUGCAAAAGAUGUCAGAAAACAAGUGCCACAAUUGUGUUAAGUUGGGGGAGCACAUAAAAAUAGCUAGAGAGAUAAGGAAGUAUAAAGAGGAAGUUAAUGCACUAAAAUUUCAAAUGUCGGAUGAAGCACUUAAGCAGAUGCCUGAUUUUCAGGGUCGUAUUGAUGUCCUCAAGGAGAUUGGCUGUAUAGAUACAGACCUUGUGGUUCAGAUCAAAGGCCGGGUUGCCUGUGAGAUGAAUUCGGGAGAGGAAUUGAUAUGCACAGAGUGCUUAUUUGAGAACCAGUUGGAUGAUUUGGAACCAGAAGAAGCUGUGGCGUUGAUGUCGGCUUUUGUAUUUCAGCAGAGGAACGCUUCUGAACCUUCUCUUACUCCGAGAAUGUCACAAGCUAAACAAAGGUUGCACGAUACAGCUAUCAAACUUGGCGAGCUUCAAGCACAUUUCAAAAUACAGAUUGACCCUCAUGAGUAUGCUCGAGAGAAUCUCAAGUUUGGACUUGUUGAAGUCGUUUAUGAAUGGGCAAAGGGUACUCCAUUUGCGGAUAUAUGUGAACUGACUGAUGUCCCUGAAGGGCUUAUCGUAAGAACCAUCGUGCGGCUGGAUGAAACAUGUCGUGAAUUCAAAAACGCUGCAGCCAUCAUGGGUAACUCUGCGUUAUGCAAGAAAAUGGAAGCCGCUUCAAAUGCCAUAAAACGCGAUAUUGUUUUUGCUGCUAGUUUGUACAUUACUGGCUUGUAGGAACUUUUUGGUCAUUUUAUUUCAUUUAGGAACCUUGUGUGUAUCAUUAGGUUGAGUACAUUGACAAUGUUAAGUUAGUAACCAAAAUAGUGUAACCUUGUACGUUUUUUAACUCGAAUUUUAAAAUAACUUAAAC